AUGUUAUCAACCCUCCUCGCAGCCCUCUGUCCAUGCUCCUGCACCAGCCCGACACCUCCCCCACCACCAAACACCACAACCACAACCACUUACAACCACCACCACCACAACAGCAUCCAAUACCAACCCCCCCUAGAACCCACCCUCACCCUCCCAGCCUACACCCCCCACCCCAACACCGAAACCCUAAACGAAAAGACCCUUGCCCUGCACCUCCGCGACCCGCCCAUCUCCUCAUCCAGCUACAACAACAACAACAACAAUUCCUUCCCUCUCGACGAAAAACACCCCUACACCACUACCACAACCACCACACCUACCUCAUCCACACCACCCGACGGUAUAUCUACAAGCAACAAUGCAGCAACAGCAGACGACGCCUCCUCGCAAAUCUCCUUUCCUAGCACAACCCACAGCUACGGAAACACCUCCACCGCGACGAGGGAGACGCCGCCUCCGCCGUAUUCGCCGACGUGGAGGGGCCACGCGGAGGGGGAGGUCGAGGGGGUGAUUUCGCCGGUGCCGUCGUUGAGCUUUUCGGGUGAUGGGGAGAGGUCCAGGUCUGUGUCGGUUUCGGGGAGGAGUAGUGGGAGUUGGGGGGAGGGGGGCAGUAGUAUUGCGGAUGAGGUGGGGAUUGUGGCGCCGAGGGGGGUGUAUAUAGCUGGUCAGGGUGGUAGAGGGGAUGCGUGGAGUGGGAGUAUUGGGGAAGAGUAUUAUGGGGUUGGGUAUGGCGUUAGGGAUGAGGAUUUGGGGAGGGUGAGUUAUGAGAGCGGGAGAAGUGGUGGUAGGAGGAGGAGGGGGUCGUGGGGUGUAUAG